CUCCGCCUCUGCCUCUCCCUUCACUCCCGGGAUGGGGUUGGAAGUUGUAACCGCUGCCGCCAGGCUGCCCCGGUGCUCCCCCUGAAAGCCCGGGAUCCCCUCGGCCCAGCCUCGCCAGCUCGCUCUCCGGGUUCUAGCUCUCCCGCCCCUCUCCAAAAGCCAGAUCUCAGCCGUCGAGAUGCUGCGGCCAGCUCCGACUCGGCUAGGACUUGUCCUGCUUUUGCUCUGUCCCGCCCACGUCGGCGGGCUCUGGUGGGCUGUGGGCAGCCCCCUGGUCAUGGACCCCACCAGCAUCUGCCGGAAGGCUCGGCGGCUAGCAGGACGGCAGGCAGAGCUGUGUCAGGCUGAGCCUGAGCUGGUGGCGGAGCUGGCACGGGGUGCCCGGCUAGGUGUAAGGGAGUGCCAAUUCCAGUUCCGAUUCCGACGCUGGAACUGUUCCAGCCACAGCAAGGCCUUUGGGCGAAUCCUGCAGCAGGAUAUUCGGGAGACAGCCUUCGUCUUUGCCAUCACGGCAGCUGGGGCCAGCCAUGCAGUGACCCAGGCCUGCUCUAUGGGAGAGUUGUUGCAGUGUGGCUGCCAAGCCCCCCGUGGACGGGCCCCAUCCCGGCCCCCUGGGCUCCCCAACCUCUCUGGGACUCCGGGCCCUCCAGGCCCUGGGAGUUCCCUGGAUGGCAAUGCAGCCUGGGAGUGGGGGGGCUGUGGGGACGACGUGGACUUCGGGGAUGAAAAGUCCCGGCUCUUCAUGGAUGCUCGCCACAAGCGGGGACGGGGUGAUAUCCGGGCCUUGGUGCAGUUACACAACAACGAGGCUGGACGGCUGGCGGUGCGGAGUCACACGCGCACGGAAUGUAAGUGCCACGGCCUCUCGGGCUCCUGCGCCCUUCGCACCUGCUGGCAGAAGCUGCCCCCGUUCCGGGAGGUGGGAGCCCGGCUGCUGGAGCGCUUCCACGGAGCCUCCAGGGUCAUGGGCACCAACGACGGCAAGGCCUUGCUGCCGGCUGGCCACACCCUCAAGCCCCCCGACCGCGCCGACCUGCUCUACGCCGCCGACUCGCCCGACUUCUGCUCGGCCAACCGGCGGACAGGCUCCCCGGGCACGCGGGGCCGCGCCUGCAACAGCAGCGCCCUGGACCUGAGCGGCUGCGACCUGCUGUGCUGCGGCCGGGGCCACCGCCAGGAGAGCGUGCAGCUCGAGGAGAACUGCUUCUGCCGCUUCCACUGGUGCUGCGUGGUGCAGUGUCACCGCUGUCGCGUGCGCAAGGAGCUCAGCCUCUGCCUGUGACCCGGACAAGCCCCUGCCCCGCGCCCCUGAGCCUCGGUGGGCCGAGGUGAGAGACGGCCACAUCCUGGCAGAGACCGUGGCCUCGGGCCGGCCUCAGCAAGGGAGAACUUGGGCGAAGGACAGCUGGGUUCCCGGAUCCUCGUGGCCCAUUGUUUAGGGGCAGAAACGGAUACAGAAGGGGAAAGGGACUGUCGAGAGACAGCUACCUGGGUGCCAAGGAUGGUGUGUGAUGCUGUGGAUGGCUGUCCUGCUCAGUUCUAACUGACUCUUCCUUCAACAUCUCCGGAUAAAGAUGGAGUUUGGAUAGUGGAUCAGGGUAAUCUUCAAGCACUGCCUGGGGAAUGGGAGGAAGCCAGAAAAACUAAAGGGAUCGACACUGGAGGAUGGGGUACCCUAAUGACAAGGGUUGCUGAGGGCACCAGCAGGUGUCAAGGGGGUGAUUUUGGUACUAAUAAAAUUAUUUAAAGCAAAUACUCAGCUGGGGAUCUGGGGAGAGAGGCCGGUAUCUCUAGGCCCAAAUUCUAGGAAGGAACACAGAAACAUAGUGUCGAACUGGGAAGGGGGAAG